AUGAGCGCGGACACUAUUUGUCGUGACCACGCCGCACAAACUAGCCAGGAUAGGCCGUGCCAGACGGGCUGCCCCGCCGGUUAUAUUGCUGGAGCUGCCACUCGAGUGGCCGGUAAUGUGAUUCCACCUUGUCACAAUGGCCCACUCUACCGUGUUCCUUGUUGCUGUGAAGUGGCUCACGACGUUUGCCCUGCGACAGCUUCCGAUCACAGUUGCUGCCACUGUUGUUUUGGAUGCUCGCGUGAUAAUGUGCCAUACCAACACCACCAGGGGCGGCCAUACUCUGGAGGAGGGGUUGGUGUUCUCCCAGUGGCUCACGGGUCGCGGCUCUGUGCGUUUUGCGUGCCUGAAAGGGAGCAGCUGAGGGAGUAUGAACAUCAUGAGAAGAGGCAGCGAUAUCUCGCAGUGCGGGCGGAUCGGGAAAACCUUCUUCAAGCACUCGGUGGGAAGGUGGUGGGUACUCACGGCGAAUCACGGGGGCAUUACAAAUCCAAUAUGACACACCUUAUGCGCCACGCUCGCGGGACAAUACACCAACAAGCUGCUAUGGCUGAGCAACAGCGACGGAGACAAGAGCUUCGGCGCGAAGUUGAAGAACGACGGCGGGAGCUGGGAGGUCGCGGUUAUCGGCAACUAGUGGGCCCCGUGGAAGACAGACGCACUUCCCGGGUUGUGGCGCGCCCCCGAAAGGAAACGCCGGCUUAUUACUAUACUCCUGUACCACACUGUGGGACUGGUCAAAUGAGGCAACAUUCUCUGGCGAGAAAUACAGUAGCGCAUGUGGCUCCGCGUGCGGAAGGGAAAUGUGUAGCCGCGCACAAGGAAAGGCGCGCGGCAGCACCCCGUGUAACUAAUAAUGAGGACAACGUUCCUGAGAACACACAACCGCCGAAGAAGUCCAAGGCUACGGAUGCACGGCCAGCUCAGGUAAGCCGGUCGACUUCCUUUAUUAAAAAAGGGUCAGAACCCAACCAGCACCCUCAAGUAGUGUUGCAAUGCUGUUGCCAUGCUGUCUGCCGUUGCCGGCCUUGUAAGUGUUUUGCGCCGUGCCGCUGUAAUAAUAAUGUACCUGCGAAGGACCCUGGGACGGCGCCCUCGGCCGUCGUUGCGAAAAGCGAAAAAGAGGAACCCCCGGCGGCGAAAACUCCCCGUCCCACAAAUGAGUUUAAGAAAAGCGUCGCAAACUCACCUGUGGCUCGUAGUAGUAGCGUAAAACAUGGCAGGAAAAUCUUUAUAACAGAUCAUGCUCACUCAGAUAGGCGUUCUCAGGUCAUUAAUCGCUUAGAGGAAGAUGGCUACUUGCGUCCGGUGCCACCUACGACACGCAGCCCAAGUGCACCACUGGCAGAGAAGGCGAAGAAAUGGGAAACGACACGCAGCACAAGCGCUCACCAUUUGUAA